UAUUUCUUACCCCUUAAUCUAGCUAUCAAUCCACGUUAGACAACUUACAUUUCUCUAUCAAAUCUUUUGGCUAUUCAAACGAACCUUAUAAUUGAAUUAAAAAUAACCUCUCUAAACUCCUUAAAAACCUAUAUAAAUAUAAAUUCCAUCAAUACUCUUAAGUCACAAUGACAAUAACACCCAUUUAUUUCAUAGCUAUAAUGUCAUCAACUUCAAACUCCAAACUAAACCCGUCUCCCAUUAGCCUUUCUUCCUCAAAUGAGGCAAGAAGUGUAAGGAAAAGAUCAUCAACGAGUUUGGAACCGGAUCUAGAACCGGAAUUGAGAUUGUAUUCUCAUAGAAUAUGGCGGUCUAAUGUUGUAGUGAAGAACCCAAGGAAUGUGUUUUCGGAAUGGAAAUGGGAAUCCUUAUCAGUUGGGACAUUAAGCGCAGUUGUAUUUAUUCAUGUGUUAGCUCUUUUUGCACCAUUUACAUUUAAUUGGGGUGCAUUUUGGGUGGCUAUAGUUCUAUCUUUGGUAACCGCGCUAUUUGGUAUCUGUCUCUCAUAUCACCGGAAUUUGACUCACAAAAGUUUCAAGUUACCCAAAUGGCUUGAGUAUUUCUUUGCUUAUUGCGGGGCCUUAGCACUCCAGGGGAGUCCAAUUGAUUGGGUGAGCACACACAGAUUCCACCAUCAAUUUUGUGAUACGGAGCAAGACCCGCAUAGUCCUCUUGAUGGAUUUUGGUUCAGCCACAUGAAUUGGUUGUUUGAUGCUAACGUAAUUAUUGAAAGGUGUGGUGAGCCAAACAAUGUAGGAGACCUAGAGAAGCAAGCAUUCUACAGAUUCAUGAAAAGAACAUACAUUUUGCACCCAAUAAUUUUUGGAGGAUUACUCUAUGCUUUUGGAGGAUUUCCCUACGUUGUUUGGGGAAUGGGAGUAAGGACUACAUGGGUAUAUCACAUUACAUGGUUUGUGAACUCUGCUAGUCAUAUAUGGGGAGAACAAGCUUGGGAUACCGGUGAUCUUUCAAAAAAUAAUUGGUGGGUAGCAUUGCUUACAUUCGGAGAAGGUUGGCACAACAAUCAUCAUGCAUUUAAAUACUCGGCAAGGCAUGGCUUUGAAUGGUGGCAAAUUGAUGUGACUUGGUAUGUCAUAAGGCUUCUUGAAGUUGUUGGUUUGGCCAAUGAUAUUAAGCUUCCUAGUGAGGCUCAUAAACAACGCUUGGCAUUUAAAAGUGAGGAAAUAGCAUCUUGAGUCUUAAAACAACCAUGCAUAAACAUGUCUUGCUUAUGAUGGGAUGCAAUUUCUUAAAAGGUUUACUAUUCGGGUUCGGUCAAAUUUAUUUGUCACAUUGAUAGCAGUUUCAAUAUCACUAUUGUAAAACACGACAAAUAAUUCCAGAUAGAGGGUGGAUAAUGUAAAUCACAUAGUUCAUGCUACGAUUCUUUCUAAUUAAUAUAUAUACUAUGUAGUACAUA